UGUGAAACUGUUAGUCUAUUACAGUUGUCAUGAUUAGUAUGUGGAGCAUGAAAUUAGACAAAACUUAGGUGCAGUACCAUAGGUGCUUUUGGUGUUGUUCUCCAAUCAUAAAAAUAAUUUUACUUCUGCUAACCAUUGCCAUAAAGGAUGACAUUGAAGGCUGGUACAGGGUUGAAACACCAAUUUUUAUUGGAGAAUAGUGCCAAAAGUACCUAUGAUAAGUUUUGUCCUAUGAAAUUCAUGAAAAUAUUCAGUAAUCAGCAUAAUAUUAGAGUAAUAGGUUUUCUUAGUGACAGCUUGUAAAAAGUUUAUUUUCUUUCUUUUCUAAUUUCUGCUAAGUCUAAAUCUCCUGUUGAGGAUGCAUGUGCUUCUUAGCAACAAAUAAGAUAAGACAUUGUUGGUUCAAGAGAAACACAUGAGCUUUUUGGGCCAGUACUAUAUGAUUCAAGUGUUACUCCAAAAGUUUUAGGCUUUUUGGCAAAGUUUUUUAUGAUCUCUAAUGUGGGACAGCUUGAUUCUGAUGCAAGGUCAAAGGAGGACUGUUGGAUCCUUCCCAGCAAUUGUUAGUAUGAUGCAAGGGCCUAAUUCUAGUGGCACUGAUAUGAAUCAUCAGUCUUCCUUGAAUCAUGUGCAAAAUGCAGUAGAUUUUAGGCUGUCAGAUUAUAGGGGGUCUUCUGGUGAUGCCGCAUGUUUACGUGGUACUGGUCCUAAUGUUCAGAGUUUCAGUGGCUGGAAUCCUGGUGAACCUAGUUCUAGACUAAAUAUGAUUAACCAAGUCAAUGAUGAUGGUCUAAAAUCAGAACAUGGACUGUCUUCUUCAUAUAGUGCUGCUACUGAGGAUGGUCUCAGAUCUGAAGAAAGGCAAUUUGAACCAAAUAAUGCAAUCUUUCCUGUUUCUAAUCUACAUGGGAAUCAAUCUCGAAGUCACCCUUCCUUUCUGCAAGGUUCCAGUUCCAAUCAUAUAAACCAGAAUAUUAGUCUGAAUACGGGGCACAUUGCUAAUGCUGCUGAUCGUGGGAAGGGAAAAGAAGCUGGUGGUAGUGUUAAUGACAACAAUACUAGUGGAUCAGAUAAAGAGAAGACAUCAUUUGUCAGUGCUUCUUGUACUCAUAUAGGAACUUCAUCUGAAAGCUCUGGAUACAUGGCUUGGGGUGAUUGUGCGAGUUCAAGUUCCUUAGUUAAUUGGGGUCCUUCUUGCAAGAGGAAGGCCCUUGAAGGUAGUUCUAGGCAACUCAGUACUGGAGGCAGCUCAAGCUCUCUUGUGCAAUCUGAAAAUGAUUGCUGGCCUACUGAUCCUGUUGAUCUUAAUGCUUCUACUAGCUUAAGUGAUUCUACACCUUCAGAGGAUAUUCCAGUUACUGCUGCUCCAUUACAGCAGAACACAAUAAAUGAAGUGAGACAAGAACCUUCCAAUGCAUUUCCUUUGAUUAGUGUUGCAGAAAAUGUGGAAAGGCCUCUAAGAAACUUUGAUAGAAGAAUGACCCAAAUUCAGCGUCAGGAAUCUGUACCUCUCAAUUUACCAUCGGCAGGGAGUGCUAGGCAUCAUAAUCAUUCUUCUCUGCAUCAGAUACCUGGCUCUAACUCAUUUAAUGAUUCUUUGGAGUUGAGGUUAACAGCUGGAGUAACAGCUGCUAAUUCUGGUGGUGCUCUGAACCCGUCCCCUGCCUUGCGCAUGCAUCCUUUUCCUUGGAACAGACCUACUAAUCAAAGAGGGGCCAGAUCUUCAACUUCUUAUAAUUCUGGAGAAAGAGCUGUACGGGAGGAUUUUAAUUUAAGAAUCUUUCCAAGAGAUAAUACUGAGCACCCCAUGAAUUUACCUGAAUCUUCAGGACAUGAACCUACAGCAUGGCAUACAUCUUCUGGUAUUGUGAACAAUUCUGGAGGUGUACCUCCAACGUCCUGGAUUGGAUCUAGUUCCAAUGUCCACUCAUCACCUAAUCCUAGCUGGAUAUUUAAUCAUGAAGUGCCCACAGAAAAUCUGCAGAGAGUGUCGGAGUUCAGUCCUUGGUCCUUUUUUCCAUCAAUUAGCUCUGCAUCUGGUGUUCAUAAUGGUCAUUCUACCCCGUCUCCUUCUGGCCCUCCUUCAUUUACCCAAGGUUCUAGCAGCAAUCAACCAUAUCUAAGAACAGCAUUGUUGAUGGAAAGAAGGGGUGGUGAUGUUCUCUCUGCUCCCCAUUCACUGCGAGCAUUAACCUUUGACAAUGAGGGGAGACGCCGGCUAAUAUCUGAGAUUCGCCAAGUCUUGAUUGCAAUGCGGAGGGGUGAGAACUUACGAGCUGAGGAUUAUAUGCUCUUCGACCCAUUCCUAUAUCAUGGCAUGGCUGAAAUGCAUGACAGGCACAGAGAAAUGCGGCUUGAUGUUGACAACAUGUCUUAUGAGGAAUUGUUGGCAUUGGAGGAGCGAAUUGGAGACGUGAGCACUGGAUUGAGUGAGGACACGAUUGUUAAGUUGAUGAAACAGCGACUUUUCAUGUCUGUCAUGACUGAGUCUUCUACAGAUCUUGAACCUUGCUGUAUAUGUCAGGAGGAAUAUGCUGAUGGAGAGAAUGUUGGUUCACUAGAUUGUGGGCAUGAGUUCCACAGUGAAUGCAUCAAGCAGUGGUUAUUGCAGAAAAACCUGUGCCCCAUUUGCAAAACAACGGCCUUAGCUACAUGAUAGAGAGAACCUCUAUCUUCUGUCAGUUUGAUCUUUAGCUGGCUCUAUCUAUAAUUUACUUUAUGAACUUUUUCUCCCUUAAGAGGGACAAGUCCUCUUAUUUGUUAAGAUUGGGAACAAAAACAUACCCAACAAAAAAAAAUAAAAAAAAUUAAACAAGAAACAUUGGUGGGUGAGCUAUAAUAGAGUUUCAUUUAUACUGUCGUAAUGGACAAUUACAUGUCGUUUAUGAUAGUUAUAAGCACUUGAAUAUUAUUGAAUUUCAUUAUAAACUUAAG